CAAUAAAACCUAUAUUUGCAAUUCAUGCUGAAGAUGAGAAUCCAUUCUGGAAGGAUUGCAUAGAAAAGUAUUUUGCUAGGCCUAGACAUGAUAUAUUUGAAAACAUGACACAUCCAGAAUACUUUAAAAAAUAUAACUUACAAACCAAAUGUCCUGCUUCAGCAUCCAGAAGUAACAGACAAGUUUAUCAAGAUAAAUUCAAUCAUUUGUGGUGGAAAGGACAAAGCCAAUAA